AUAAUAUACUCAUACUCAGAUACUGUCUUAUCUGUGAUUAUCAUGAUUAUCAUUAUAUAAUAUAGACUAGUCACUAUAUUGUCACUAUAGUCUAGCUCCUUCUUCGAAUUUAUACUUAGUUAAUUUAGACUUAGUAGUCUAGUAGACAAGACAUUAGUCACACGACAGUAGUCAGAAGAGUUAUUAGAGUAGUCUAUAUAGGUAUAGGCCAUUAUAGGCUAGUAUAGCCAGUAGUAUAGUAUAGGUCUAGUCAGUCUAGUCUAUACCACAUUUUUAGCUGAGACUUAGUUAACUUAGACUUAGUUACUUAGUAGUCUAGUAGACAAGACAGUAGUCAGAAGAGUUAUUAGAGUAGUCUAUAGGCCAUUAUAGGCUAGUAUAGCCAGUAGUAUAGUAUAGGUCUAGUCAGUCUAGUCUAUACCACAUUUUUAGCUGAGAUGAGUAGAAUCUAUAUAGAUCUAAUGAUUAUAAUCUCAUUUUGGUAAAACUUCAAACUUUGUUUAAAAACAAAAUGAAUAUUCAACCCAAGAGAGACUUUGGCUCAUUUCAUGCAUCCAACGUGGAAGAGCUACUAUCUAUUGAUGAGGAAUCUUAUAGUCCACCUGAACUGCCAUUUAGGCUGCCAACAUUUACUAAGUAUAAAAUGAAAGAAACUGGUCAGAUUGCUUUUGGAAAACUUAUGAAGCAAACUUUUUUUUUGCUUGAGGAAAAUUGUUGUUUUUUAAAUCAUGGUGCAUUCGGAAGUGUUCUGAAACAAGCUCUUGAAGUGUCACAGCAAUGGCAAAACUAUUCAGAAAGUCAACCUUUAAGGUUUUAUGAUCGGCAACUUCUUCCUUACUUAGUUCAUGUGUCUCGGCGGUUAGCAUCUUAUAUUGGUUGUGCUCCUCAAGAUUUGGUUCUUGUCAACAACGCAACAUUUGCCACCAAUUCUGUUUUAAGCAGUUUUCCACUUGUUGCUGAAGAUGUGAUUCUCACAUUCAAUAUUACCUAUGGAGCAGUUAAAAAGCAUGUGCAAUACAUAUGUUCCAAAUCUGGUGCAAUCAACAGGGAAGCUGUGAUACCUUUCCCACUUGAUAGUAAAGAAAAGAUUUUAGAUAUUCUUAGUGAUGAAUUGUCAAAAGGAGAUGUCAAACUGGUUAUCCUUGAUCACAUUCCAAGCAAUACACCAAUCAUAAUGCCUGUAGUAGAAAUGAUCCAACUAUGCAGAAGAGUGAAUGCAAGAGUACUGAUAGAUGGUGCUCAUGCUCUGGGUGCUUUGAAUCUAAAUAUAGCGGACAUUGACCCAGACUACUAUGUUUCAAAUUGUCAUAAAUGGCUGUGCAGUCCUAAAGGUGUUGCUUUCCUGUAUGUCAAACAAGAACUUCAAAAUGAAGUUAAACCUGCAGUUAUUUCUCAUGGUUUUGGAAGUGGAUUCUGUUCAGAAUUCUUUUGGUCAGGUUUACAUGAUUACAGCCCAAUGCUGUCAUUACACACUGUCCUUGACUUUUGGCUAGAACUAGGUGAAAGUGCUAGGAACUAUAUGCACCAGUGUGCUAAAGAAGGAGCUCAAAUUUUAACCAAAUGCUGGUCUUCAAAGUUGGCAGCACCCAUUGAAAUGUUUGGUUCUAUGGUACUUGUUGGCUUACCUGAAAUAUUCAACUCAAAAUUUGAGACCAUCAAAUACGAUGCUGCUGAAAAAAUACAAAAUAUUGUGUUUCAUGAAUAUAACAUUGAGGUUCCCUUCAAGAGUGUUCAAGGGCAUUUAUAUGUCCGUAUCUCGGCCCACAUUUACAAUGAACCAAGUGAUUACCUGAGACUUGCGGAUGCAGUGCUUGAAAUAUCACAGCGACCAAAAAGUUUUUUUGUUGAUUGUUGCAGUAAUUCCUAAUCUCUGUGGUGAUUUCAUUAAUAAAGUUAUUAAACACA